UGUCCUCGCUUGGAGACACGCCGCCUGCCUAGAGUCAGAAGUGGCUCCUCUGCGACGCUGACGGCGGCGCGCGCCUUUUCCAGGGCAGACGCCGCCCAGGGACCUCGGCCAUGGAGCGCCGGGGGGCCCUCUUCCUCGGCCUGUGCCUCGUGACCGCGCGGAGCGGGACCGCGGACGCCUCCGGAGAAUCACUGCGCUGGAUGCAGAGGAUGGAGGCGGCGGCCAGGAGCCGGAGACCCACCUCUCCUCCUGAGUUCAUCCACGGCCUGGAGCAGAGACUGCUGAACGCCACCUUCGGGGGCCACAACCUCACGCUGCAAACACGCACCAUCCAGUCGCUGGCCUUCAGGCUGGGCUGUGACUUCGCCGGCCUCUCGCUGAGCAGUUCCACCAUGGAGUGGGUCCCCCAGACCAGGCACGCCAUGCAGUUCCCUGCCGAGCUGACGCAGAACGCCUGCAGGGCCCGCCCCCGGGAGCUGCGUCUCAUCUGCAUCUACUUCCUGGCCACCUACUACUUCCAGAGUGACACCAACGCAUCUCUCCUCAAUAACUAUGUCCUGGGGGCCCAGCUGGGCCACGAACACGUGAACAACCUCAGGGAGCCCAUCAACAUCAGCUUCUGGCACAACCAAAGCCUGGAAGGUUACAUGGUGACCUGUGUCUUCUGGAAGGAGGGAGCCAGCCAGCACUACUGGGGGGUCUGGAGCCCUGAGGGCUGUCGCACAGAGCAGCCCUCACCUUCCCAGGUGCUCUGCCGCUGCAACCACCUCAGCUAUUUUGCUGUUCUCAUGCAACUGUCCGCGGCCCCGGUCCCUGUGGAGCUGCUGGCGCCUCUCACCUACAUCUCCCUCGUGGGCUGCAGCAUCUCCGUCGUGGCCUCGCUGCUCACCCUCCUGCUGCACGUCCACACCAGGAGGCAGAGAGACUCCAUAACACGCAUCCACAUGAACCUGCAUGCCUCCGUGCUGCUCCUGAAUGUUGCCUUCCUGCUGAGCCCCACGCUGGCCCUGACCCCCGUGCCCGGCUCAGUGUGUGCAGCGCUGGCCGCCGUCCUGCACUUCGCGCUGCUCAGCUGCCUCACCUGGAUGGCCAUUGAAGGCUUCAACCUCUACCUUCUCCUGGGGCGUGUCUACAACAUCUAUAUCCGCCGAUAUGUGCUCAAGCUCUGCGCAGUGGGCUGGGGGGUCCCGGCCUUCCUGGUGCUUCUCGUCCUUGCUGUCAAGAGCUCAGCUUAUGGACCCCGCACAAUCCUACUCUCUGACAGCCAGGGAAAUGGCACAAGCUUCCAGAACAUGUCCAUGUGCUGGGUGCGGAGCCCUGAGGUGCACAGCGUCCUGGUCAUGGGCUAUGGUGGCCUCACAUCCCUCUUCAACCUGGUGGUGCUGGCCUGGGCGCUGCGGGCCCUGCGCAGACUGAAGGCGCGGGAGAAGGCGCCGGGGCCCCGGGCCUGCCGGGACACGGUCACCGUGCUGGGCCUCACCGUGCUGCUGGGCACCACCUGGGCCUUGGCCUUCUUCUCUUUUGGUGUCUUCCUGCUGCCCCAGCUCUUCCUCUUCACCGUCUUCAACUCGCUCUAUGGUUUCUUCCUCUUCCUGUGGUUCUGCUCCCGGCGGUGCCGCUCAGAGGCAGUGGCAGAGGCGGAGAUGGAGGCCUUCAGCUCCGCCCAGACGGUGUCCUAGGCUGGUCGUCCUGCAGCCCGAGGCGUCAGCCUCCACCAGAGAGGGUGGCAGGCCAGCUGCUGGACCCCAGAGGCCACUGUGCCCACUAGGGGGGCUUUUCCCUUCCCUGGCUUCCUGAGGCCCAGAGGGCCAGGUGUCGCUCUGUCCGCCAUGACGUUCCGCUCCAGGCAGGUCCAACGCCCCCGGGGGCAGCAAACUUUACGCUUGUGCCCGGGCCCAGCUGGCCAGGCCUACGGGCACAGCACUGGCCUGGGAGUUGGAAGACCACGUUUCAAGGCCUGGCUCUGAGUCUUACGGUGUGCCCUGGGGCCUGUCAUUGCUCGCUGACCCUUGGUUUCCACAUCUGUGACACGGGGCAGAUGGCUCCCGUGCUGCCUGGCCCAAGAGCUUUGUGAAGACUGAACAAGACCGGGGAGGAAGAGGGUCACAGUGGUCCCCAGUACCUCUGCCUGCCUGCUCGGGGCAGGGGCCCAGCCAGCCUGCCAGGAAGCGCCUGCUGGGCCCGCCACCCUCCUUCUGGGGGCUCAGACCGCAUCCUGCUUACGGGCCCACCGGGUGUCUAAGACCUCACCAGCCCAUGCCCAAGGCCUCUUUUCCUUCAAACCCCACCCCCCAAGUAUGAUGACCCCAACUCCAAGCCCACCCUUCUCAGGGAUCAGGAAGUCCACUUCUCCCCAGAGGCUCCUCCUCCAGUGCUCCCCAGAACCCCAUGGACCAGCAGCCGGGCCAUGGGACUUCCUCGGGAUAGGAGGGGAGCACCUCUUCCCCCUACCUGAGCCAGCUGGGCCCCGGGGACCCGGCCAUUUGAUGCUUGUAGGAUUGAAUUUCCCCAAACCGAGCUCAGGCCACAGUGGCGGAGAGUCACUGUUGCCCUUGACCUGUGGUCAGGCUGAGGGGAGACUCAGGAAGCCGGGGCCUUUCCAGGGCUGCACACCAGGGGGCGCUGUUGGCCUGCGCCCCGGGGGCUGUUGGUGCGGAACAGCGGAACUGCCGAGGUCCCCUGUCUGGGCAGACACCAGGGAUGGAGCGGCCCUGUCUCAUGGACGCACCUGCACCUGCUGAGGGUCGGGCAGGAGGAGUGCUAGCGCUGUUGACAUGGCCUUUUCCCUCUUCUCCCAGAGCACUGCCCGCUCUGGCUCUUGGGGUCUGUGCCCUGGGCAUAGCUGGUGCGGGAGUGGUGGGCUGGGCUGGCUCUCAGGGCCCGUGCCAGGCCAUCGGACAGAUUUUAAGGACUUUGAAGGGCACAGGAGGGAAUUUGAGCCGGAUCCCUUUUGUUCUGCCCUCUGUUCAUUUCUUGAUGCAAAUAGCCCCUCGCUAGGUGGUCAGUGGUGCAGGCUCCGGAGCCAGACUGCCUGGGCUCAAAUGCUGGCUCUGUCACUUGCUUGCUGUGUGACUGUGGACAAGUCACUCAACUUCU